UAGGGCAGGCGCCUUGAAUCCAGAGCUGCUAGCGGAGCUGCGGGGGCAGGGCAGAGAAGCGGCGGAACUUGAAUUUGGCUUUCCCAGCCCUGGAUUUGCAGGGGCGGAGCAGAGGGCCUGAGCUUGAGUUUUGGUUUCCCUGCUGCGGUGGGGCGGGACAGAGGCUGGUGAACUUAAGUUUCACUUCCCAGCUCUGCGUGGCCGGCCAAGGAAGCUCUCAGCUUCUCACUCUGCCGUUAGCUACAGUGCAGCAAGCAGCUGGGAGCAAUGGGGAACCUGGUGUCCGAUUUGUUCUCAGGGCAGCCUGAUCUGCGCUCGGUGCCGGCUCAGCAGCUGAGCGACUUUGUCAGAAAUUCCCUGGAGCCCUCUGAAGAGUGUCAGAAGGCAAUCAAGUGGACCGUGGACGCCAUCUGUUGCAUCCUGAAAAGAGACCAGCAGCAGCCCCUGAUCCAGGAUGUAGCCAGAGGUGGCUCCUAUGGCAGGAAAACAGUCUUCAGAGGCAAGUCCGAUGGUACCCUCGUCCUCUUCCUCAGUCAUUUCACACAAUUCCAGGAUCAGAAGAAAAGCCAAAGGGAAAUCCUCGAUCAAAUCGAGCAUCGGCUAAAGGUCCAGCCGCUCUUGAAGGAGCUGGCAGACAUCGUGGAGAUCCAGCGGCUCCGUGGUGCACUCAUCAUCCAGGUGUCCACAAAGUGGCAUAGUGUCUCCUUUGAGGUGGUACCUGCCUUCAAUGCUCUGGGCACAAGGGAAACGCCCAGGCCCUGCAUAUAUCGUGAUCUCAAAAGAGCCUUGGAUGAGACAAAAUCCAGUGCUGGCGAGUUCUCAGUCUGCUUCACAGAACUCCAGCAGAAGUUUUUCAACAACCGACCUAGAAAGCUGAAGGAUUUGAUCCUCCUGGUGAAGUACUGGUAUCGACAGUGCCAAAUAAAACUGAAGGGCUCAUCCUCGCUGCCUCCAUAUGCCCUGGAGCUGCUUACGGUAUAUGCCUGGGAACAGGGGUGUGGAGCAGAAGACUUUGACCUCGCUGAAGGCAUCAGGACCGUUCUGAGGCUGAUCUGCCAGUACAACCAGCUUUGCGUCUAUUGGACGAUCAACUACGACUUUGAGGAUGAGACUGUCAGAAAUAUCCUACUGCACCAGAUCCGAUCACCAAGGCCAGUCAUCUUGGAUCCAACUGACCCAACCAACAACGUGGGCCAAGACAUGAUCUGCUGGCCAGAGCUGAAGAAAGAAGCACAAGCUUGGUUGUCUUCCUCCACCUUGAGUGAAGAGUUACCUGCACCAUCAUGGACUGUCCUGCCAGCACCGCUCUCCUCGACCCCAGGCCAACUUCUGGAUAAGUUCAUCAAAGACUUUCUCCAGCCUGACCAGCAUUUCCUAAAUGAGAUCAGUACAGCCCUGGACACCAUCUGUACCUUCCUGCAAGAAAACUGCUUCCAACAUUCAACCACCAAGAUCCAGAAGGUUGUCAAGGGAGGCUCGGCCGCCAAAGGCACCGCUCUGAAGACAGGCUCUGAUGCCGACAUCAUCGUAUUCCCCAACUCGUUCAAAAGCUACACUUCCCAGAGAGCCGAGCGGUCCAAGGUCGUGGAGGAAAUCCACACGCAGCUGGAUGCCUGUCAGCAGCAGAAGCAGUUUGAAGUGAAGUUUGAGAUUUCCAACAGGAAGGCUCCCUGGGGGCUGAGCUUCACGCUGAAAUCCAAAAUGCUCAACCAGAGUGUCGACUUUGACGUGAUGCCUGCCUUCAACGCUCUAGGCCAAUGCAAUUCCGGCUCCUCGCCCAACCCUAAGGUCUAUGCCGACCUCAUAGAUCUGUACAAGUCCCAAGACGUUCUCGGGGGAGAGUUUCAUUCCUGUUUCACCGAGCUGCAGCGCAACUUCAUCGAAUCCCGACCCCCCAAACUGAAGGAUUUAAUCCGUCUGGUAAAGCACUGGUACACGCAGUGUCGGAGGAAAGUGAAGACAAAGAGCUCUUUGCCCCCAAAGUACGCCUUGGAGCUGCUCACCGUCUACGCCUGGGAGAAAGGCAGCAAUUCGCCGGAUUUUGACACAGCGGAAGGUUUCCGGACGGUUCUGGAGUUGAUCAUAAACUAUCAACAGCUCUGCAUCUUCUGGACGGUCAAUUACAGCUUAGAAGACGAGACGAUGAGGAAGUUCCUGCUGUCUCAGAUUCAGAAAACCAGGCCUGUGAUCUUGGACCCGGCGGAACCUACGAGCGACCUGGGUGGAGGGGACCGCUGGUGCUGGCAUUUGCUGGCAAGGGAGGCGAAGAAAUGGUUGUCCUCUCUCUGCUUCAACGCUGGAGUUGGGUACUCAGUAGAGCCAUGGAAAGUACCAGAAAAAGUGAUCUAACGGAGGUUCAGCUACUGUAGCACACACUGAGAAGAUACUGCCAGGGGGACCCGGGGUUCAAUUCCUGGCCCAACCUACUAAACAGGUCACCACUCCAGGGGGUGCACACCUGUAGUCCCAGCCAGCUGGGGGGCUGGGCAGGAGAACCCCAAUAUGGCAUACCUUGUCAAAAAUCUGUCUCUCAUAAACAAAGCCUUUAAAUAAAUAUGAAUAAAUAAAUAAAUAAGGGGAACCAGCA